AUGAGCGACACAUCGCCCUUUCACAUUGCUCGAAAAGACGAGGAGAACCUGGAGCGUAAUGAGGCGUUCCAGGCGAUCAGAGACCACUUGAAGCGGCAAGAGUUGGGCAUGGAUGCUCCGAGUUUUUGCUCUUUCCAUCGCCAUGCGUGUUCUACUGAAGAUCAAGCCGUAUUCCGACUUCACCGCGACAUCAUCCACACUCUGUUCCUUCCCCUGUUCGUCCUCCACACACAGGCGUCGCAGAUCGCAUCGCGCACGCUGCCUUCGCAGCGGGCGAGCGAGCCCGAGCGAGCGUUCCGCGGGGAAGCCCGCAGUGCUUACGCCUGGCUGCACUGCAUCCUGACCGAGGAACACGACUGGUAUAUGACGGAGCGGUGCCCGGCCUGCAUCGUGCUUCACAUCUUACAUUCCGAGCCGACCAUUCGUUUCGUGGCGGUGGCCUGCAUGCUCUCCGAUCGCUUCCAGGACCUGGAACUUGCGGCGACUAAGCAGCAGUUGCCAGCAUUUGACUUUUGGCUUGACGCUCUGGAGAGCGCGGUCCGCGAGGAUCCCUUUUGGGGUCAUGCGUUUUGGCCGGACAUUGAGUACCGAGCCUGCGGGCUCGCCGACGCCGUCAAGCAGUUGAUGCUGCAGUGUCGGGAGCUGCAGGCGGGGAACCCUCCCGUCCAGCCUGCGAGCUCCGUAUGCAAGACCACCGUCUCGUACCGCCGCGAGACCACCGUGUGCACCAUUCCGCUCAAGCCAUCAAGCUUUGCGCGGAAGCAGUUGCGUAUGACUCGCGAGGAGCAAAAGUUCUUAUUGAGGUGA